GAGGGGCGGGGGGUGGGGGAGGGGCGCGCUGGUGCCGCCGGGGGGCGCCGCUGCUGCUGACGGCCGUGGGCGCCUUCGCGGCCUUCGGCCUCAUGGCCAUCGCCAUCGGCACCGACUAUUGGCUGUACGCGCGCGCCCGCGUCUGCAACGCCACCACCGGGGUCACCGGUGUCACCGGGGCCACCAAUGUCACCAACGGGGCCACCAAUGGGGCCACCAACGGGGCCGCGCUGGGCGCUGCCCUCGCCCAUGGGGGACUCACCCACUCCGGGCUCUGGAGGGUCUGCUGCCUGGAAGGGCUGAAGCGGGGGCUGUGUCUGCGCAUCAACCACUUCCCUGAGGACCUCGAGUACGACCACGACAGCGCCGAGUACCUCCUGCGCGUGGUCCGGGCCUCGAGCAUCUUUCCCAUCCUGAGCGCGGUGCUGCUGCUGCUGGGGGGGCUCUGCGUGGCCGCGUCGCGCCUGCGCCGGGCCAGGACCAGCCUCGUGCUCGGCGCCGGCAUCCUCUUCGUGGCCGCGGGCCUGUCCAACAUCAUCGGCGUCAUCGUUUCCAUCAUUCCCCCAUUUUUAAAAAUUAUUUUCUUUACAUGCCUCUCCAACAUCAUCGGCGUCAUCGUUUCCAUCAUUCCCGCCCUUUUUUAA